AUGUCGACGCCUGACGAGAAGCAGCCCGGCACACCCGGUGAGCCCGACGUGGGCUCGCCCACCUCCCCCGCCGAGCCAGAGAAGAGAAAGCGCGAGUACAAGGACUUUGGACAUGAAGAAACGAAGGCUACCCAUGCCAACGUCGACAUGUCCCAGAUCCAGCUUCGCGCCGAGGACUUGUACGAUAAGGAAAAGGUUGACCUUGAGACCAUCGUCGUCGACGAUGUCUUCAAGUUGCUUCAGUGCGACGAGGGCGGUCUCACAGAUGAGGAGGUUACCCGUCGCCUCGAGAUCUUUGGUCCCAACAAGCUCGAGGCGGAGGAGCAGAAUGCAUUCCUCCAGUUCCUCAGUUUCAUGUGGAACCCUCUUUCCUGGGUCAUGGAGGGUGCUGCUCUUGUCGCUAUCGUCCUUUCCAACGGCGAGCACCAGCCACCGGACUGGGAGGACUUCGUCGGUAUCGUCCUUCUGCUCUUCAUCAACUCGGCCAUCGGUUUCUACGAGGAACGUAACGCUGGUAAUGCUGUCAAGGCUCUCAUGGACUCGCUCGCGCCCAAGGCCAAGGUCAAGCGUAACGGUAGCUGGCGCGAGAUCGAGUCGUCCGACCUUGUCCCUGGUGAUAUGAUCUCUUUCAAGAUCGGUGAUAUCGUUCCUGCGGAUUGCCGUCUCAUUGAGGCCAUCAACGUCUCCAUUGACCAGGCUGCUCUUACUGGCGAGUCGCUCCCCCAGAGCAAGAAGACUGGCGAUCAGUGUUUCUCUGGUUCGACCUGCAAACAGGGUGAAGCCGAGGGUGUCGUCAUUUCUACCGGUGCGAACACCUUCUUCGGUCGCGCCGCUUCACUCGUUGGCCAGGACGACGAUACGACCGGCCACUUGCAGAAGAUCCUUGCCCAGAUUGGUACUUUCUGCUUGGUAUCCAUCGGUAUCUUCGUCAUCGCCGAGAUCUUCUGUCUGUACGCCGGUUUCCGCUACCACUACCGUCGUGGCCUGAACGAUAUCCUUGUACUCCUGAUCGGUGGUAUCCCCAUUGCCAUGCCCACUGUCCUGUCCGUCACCCUUGCUGUCGGUGCUCAGCAGCUCGCCAAAUACAAGGCCAUCGUCACGCGUAUCACGGCCAUUGAGGAGCUUGCCGCUGUCACCAUUCUUUGCUCGGAUAAGACGGGCACGCUGACCACGAACAAGCUCACUAUCGACCGCGAGAGCGUUCGUACAUACGGCCCAUUCUCUGCUGAGGAUGUGAUUCUCCUCUCCGCCUACGCCUCCCGUACUGAGAACCAGGACGCCAUCGACGCUUGUAUUGUCGGCGCAAUUGGCGACCCGAGCCGCGCACGCGACGGUAUCAAGCUCCUCGACUUUAAGCCGUUUAAUCCCGUCGACAAGCGUACGGAGAUCACCUACCUCGAGACGGCGUCAGGUCGCCUGAAGCGCGUGACAAAGGGUAUGACCGGUAUCAUCAUCGAGCUCUGCACGCGCAACAAGACCGAGGAGAUCGAGAACCGUCUCGAGGCCGAUGUCGAGGAGUUUGCGCAGCGCGGUCUUCGUGCUUUGGCUGUCGCAUACGAGGAGCUGGAUGGAGAUGAUCAUGCUGCUGAGGGCAACGGCUUCGAGCUCAUUGGUCUGCUUCCCAUUUUCGACCCGCCUCGUUCGGAUACCAAGCAGACGAUCGAUGACGCUAUGGCCCUUGGUGUCAAGGUCAAGAUGGUUACUGGUGACCAGCUCGCAAUCGCAAAGGAGACUGGACGUCGUCUCGGACUGGGUGACCACAUGUACCCUGCGAAGGUGCUCAAGGAGGGCCCCGAGCCGGGAGGCAAGCAUGCGUCGCUCGACGCGAUGAUCCUCGACGCGGAUGGUUUCGCUGGUGUCUUCCCCGAGCAUAAGUAUGAGAUCGUUAAGCGUCUUCAGGGUCUCGGUCACUUGGUCGCGAUGACCGGCGACGGUGCGAACGAUGCGCCGGCGUUGUCCCGUGCCAACGUCGGUAUUGCUGUCGAGGGCGCGACGGACGCUGCCCGCGGUGCUGCGGAUAUUGUAUUGACGGAGCCGGGUCUCUCGACUAUCGUCCACGCCAUCCGCGGUUCUCGUGUCAUCUUCCAGCGUAUGCGCAAUUACUCAAUAUAUGCAUGCGCGGUUACCAUCCGUAUUGUCGUUUGCUUCGCCAUUCUUGCAUUCGCGUUCAAGUUUGACUUCCCGCCCUUCAUGGUGCUGAUCAUUGCCCUGCUUAACGAUGGUACCAUCAUGACGCUCUCGGUCGACCGUGUCCUGCCGAGCAACAUGCCGGACAGCUGGGAUCUUGCAGAGAUUUUCUCGUUCGCUGUCGCAUAUGGCUUGUACCUCACCCUCUCCACCAUUGCACUUGUCUCCAUCUGCUUACGCACCGACUUCUUCUACCGCAAGUUCGGCGUCACCUUUGAGGAUGGGAACAUCAUGCCGACGUACCCCAAUGACAAGAUUCUGCACUCGAUUGUCUACCUUCAGGUGGCCAUCAUCUCACAGGCCCUCAUCUUCGUCACGCGAUCGCACGGUUUCUUCUUCAUGGAGCGGCCAUCGUUCGCGCUGAUGGGCGCGUUCUGCAUCGCACAGCUCGUCUCGACCAUCAUCUCGGUAUAUGCGAACUGGGGCUUCACACAGAUACAGGGGAUCAGCGGCGGGUGGGUCGGCAUCGUAUGGGUGUGGAACAUUUGCUGGUUCAUCCCUCUGGACUGGAUCAAGUUCGCGAUGAAGGCGACGGUGAUCAAGAAACUGCGCGAGAAACACAACGCGGAGAUGAUGCAGGCGGCGAAGGAGGCGAGUAGCACGGGUGUGCCCAUUACACGGACGCAGUCGCGCGCGGCGAGCAUACACGAGAGCUUGUACUCCAACCGGGUGUCGUUCAUCCGCCGCGCGGCGCGCAAGGUCGGAUUGGGCGGCCGGGUGCAUAUCAAGCCCGAGGAGCUACAGCGGUUCAGCAGCAUUCAGGCGCAAAGGGCGGGCACGACGCUCGCGCGACACCCAUCGCGUGCACAGGCGUAA